AUGGGUUUAUAUUAUGGGGAAGUAACGUAUAUACACGUCGAUCUCGGGGUUGGGACAUGGACCGUCCACUCAGCACUCAAGAUUGAUGAACUUUUCAAUAUUAGUGAUAUUUUUCGAAACACGCGAUCAUCAACAAGGACACUCCAGUCCGCAGCAACAGCUGAUAAAGCGGAUUCUCUCUUUGCUGCUCCCGCCACCCCUGCCAUCCUGGCCAUGCCACGAGGAGGAGCGUGGAUCAAGGCUUCCCCCCUGGGGCCAAUAUUCGCUUCUACUGGUUAUGCAGGGAACUUAUCCAUCGCCUUGCGCCAUGAUGUAACCCUGUUCAGCUGCCUCUGGUUCGCGAGGCAUAAAUCUGAUGUGCAGGCUGCCUUCACAGCGCUUGGGAGUCGCUGUGACUCAGGUGUCAAUACUCGAUAUUCCUGCUCCUCAUCUCCGAACUCCGACUGA